AUGUCGUCGCCCAACUUCGUCAUCCCAAAGACCCAGCACGCUGCCAUCGUCGAGAGCACCGGCGCGCCUCUGAAGAUCAAGAGCGAUCACCCCGUCAAGCAGCCCGCAGACCUUCUCCCAGGAGAGUGUCUUGUCAGGCUCGACUGCAGCGGUGUCUGCCACACCGAUCUCCACGCCGCAAAGGGCGACUGGCCGAUCAAAGCCAAGCUCCCCCUCAUCGGUGGACAUGAGGGUGUUGGAAUCGUCGUCGCCAUCGGUGCGCACACUCAGGGUUCUCCCGUCAAGCUCGGCGAGCGGGUGGGCAUCAAGUGGUUGGCGUACUCCUGCCUCGACUGCGAGAUGUGCAGGAAGGGUCUUGAGCAAAGCUGCUUGAACGGCCAAUACAGCGGCUUCAGCGUCGACGGCACCUUCUCGCAAUACGUCGUCUCCUGGGUCAGCCAUGUUACCCCCAUCCCCGAGAACCUCCCGAGCACCGAAGCCGCCUCCAUCCUCUGCGCCGGCGUGACCGUCUACCGCGCGCUCAAGAACUCGAACACGCACAUCGGCGACUGGGUCGUGCUCCCGGGCGCCGGCGGAGGCCUCGGGCAUCUUGCGGUGCAAUACGCGUCAGCGAUGGGCCUGCGCGUCGUCGCGAUCGACACCGGCGCGGAGAAGCGCGACCUGUGCCUGAAGCUCGGUGCGGAGGUGUUCAUCGACUUUAGAGAGACGAAGGACCUCGUCAAGGACAUCAAGGCUGCGACGGAUGGGCUCGGCCCCCAUGCCGCGGUCGUCACCGCCGCGACGAGCCAGGCGUACAAGCAGGCGAUCGACUAUCUUCGCAUGGGCGGCACCCUUGUCGUCGUUGGCCUUCCCGCCAAAGCGUCGCUUGAUGCGGAUAUUUUCUUCACGGUCACCAAGAGCAUCAACAUCGUCGGCUCCUAUGUCGGUAACCGCCAAGACGCGCGGGAGGCGCUCGACAUCGCGUCUCGUGGUAAGGUCAAGUGCUUCUAUGUGGUCAAGCCGUUGUCCGCUCUCGCGGAGACGUACGAAGGCUUGGAGCAGGGCACGGUCGUCGGCCGCGUGGUCUUGAACAUGCAGAACUGA